AGACUGGAGCCAGAGCGAGCGAGCGCGCGGGGGGGCGUGCCUUACCGUGUUUCGUCUCGUGUAAUCUCGUGUCGUGUCGUGUCGUGCAGUGACUCAACGCCGGCUGUUAUGUGGGAAGACCCCGCGGCGACAAGCUACGCUCUCUCCUACUGCCGCCAAACACGCGCCGGCCAUGGCUCCAGUAGCGUCAAUCUUCAUCUUCGGAGUUCUGUCCUACGUAAGCGGUGUUCCUGUAUUAGAAGACAACUCCAGCAAAGAUGAUCCACUGUGGAAGACGGAGCAAGAGGACUCGGAGCGGACUGCGCCAGCCGCCCCCGCCACGCUGGACACGUCCUUCUGCCGGCGGCGCGCCGACGGCCUGUACCCGCACCCGGACUCCGCCGUCCACUACUACAGGUGCUCAGGCGGCGAAGCGCAGGUGCUGCGGUGUGCGGACGGCUCUGUGUUCGUGUCCGGGCGCUGCGAGGCGGCGGCGGAGUGGCGGCCCUGCGUACUGCAGCCGGACGGGCUCCACCCUAACGUCUCCGACGGCUGCGCUUCCUACUACAGGUGCGAGAACGGCAGCGUGUCGGCGCGCCUGCGCUGCCCGCCCGAGGCGUCGGGCCGGCUGGCGUUCAGCGCGCGGCUGCAGCGGUGCGCGCCCGCCGUGGAGGUGACGUGCGCCGCGGCGACCUGCCUGCCCGCCAGCAGCGCCGACAUGUUCUUCGUGACGCCCGGCACCGCCUGCCGGGACUACCACCGCUGCCGCGCCGGCCUGCGCGCAGACUUCCGCUGCCCCGCCGGCUUCAUCUUCCACUGGGCCACGCAGGUGUGCGUGCCAGCGGGUGAGUCUGCGGAGUCCGGCUGCCCCGAGCCGGUGUGCGUGGGCCGCGUGAAUGGCCGCUACGCAGACACGGCGCACGGCUGCGCGCGCUGGUUCGGCUGCGAGGGCGGCGCGCUGCGGCAGGUGGCGCCCUGCCCGCCGGGACAGCUGUUCCACGCCGGGCGCUGCCGGCCCGCGCACCAGACGAGUCUGCAAGGAGGCGGUGUUCCUCAGGUGACGUGCCCCGCACCGCCGGCGUCCUCACGCGGUUCUCUGGGCGGCGCCAGCGGCGAGUGCGCCGGGCUUCUGGACGGGCUGCACGCGCUGGCCGCCUCUGGCUGCCGCGACUACGUCCACUGCGCCGCGGGGCACACGCUGGCGCGCCACUCCUGCCCCGACAGCACGCUCUUCGACGGCCGCAUGUGCGUGCCCGCGCCGCUCGUCACCUGUCGGGCGGUUAGCAGCGAGUCUCGCGGCGCGGCGGGCGGAGACGCGUGCUCGCGCCUGGCGGACGGCUUCCACGCGGACUUCUCGACGCGCGGCUGCCGCGGCUACGUGCUGUGCGCGGCGGGCCGCACGCUGCUGUGGGGCGCCUGCAGCGAGGACGCCGCCUGGGACCGCGCCAGCGCGCGCUGCCUGCCCAACGCCGACGCCGACGCCGACGGCUUCCUCUGCGCCGGGCCGCACCCGUGGUCGGGCUGCGCCGGGCGGCAGCCCGGCUUCUACGCCGACGCCGCCAGUUGCACGAGGUACUACUACUGCUCAGCGGACGGGAACCGCACGCUGCUGUCGUGCCGGCGCGGCCAGGUGUUCGACGGGCGCGACUGCGUGCCGGCGGAGCGAGGCUGCCGGCGGCCGCCCACAGCGCCGGCCGGGUUCGCCGCCGCCUCCUCACCGGCGCCCGGAUCCUGCCAGGGCGCCGCCGACGGCUACUACCGCGACCCGGACCUCGGCUGCCGCUCCUACUACUACUGUUCCAACGGCCACAAGAUCACCUACGUCUGCUCCGGUUCCUACGUCUUCGACGGCAAGGAGUGCGUCGACCCUGACACUUACAAGUGCCCUUACAAGUCGGACGACUGCGUCGGUCUCUCCGACGGCUACCACUUCGACACGGACUCCGGCUGCCGCAAGUACUUCUUCUGCCUCGGCGGUUACAAGAUCACGGCGCUCACGUGCGACGGCGACAGAGUGUUCGACGGUCGGCGCUGCGUCGAGCCUUUGGCCUUCCGGUGUCCUGACGGAGGUAGUCCUCUGGUCGACUCUGUCACUGGCCCUUCCUGUGCCACCAGGUCGGACGGCACAUACCCUGACGAGGGUGCAGGCUGCCGCCGUUACUUCACCUGCCGGGCACGGCAGCUCGACUCCACCUCCGUGUGCCCCGGCGAUAAACUCUUUAACGGCCAAGACUGUGUGAGCGCCGAUUCGUACACUUGUGGCAGUGUCGAGGUACCGUCCUCGAGCCCCGAAUGUGAUGGUAAUCUCAACGGUUUCUUCCAAAAUGUCACCUCGGGGUGCCGGACGUACUACUUCUGUAUCGACGGAACGAAGACUGUUCUCACGUGCCCCGGUAAUGAAGUUUUUAACGGGCAGUUGUGUGUCGACGCGAAAUCGUACACUUGUCCUUCUCCGGGGGAGGUCGAGGUCGGGACGACGUGCGUCAAGUAAAUGUUAGAUCCGGAGCAUCGCGUCGUACACUGCAGAACACUCUUCUCUGAACCUGUGCCGGAACCUCGGGGAAGCGUGUGCCUAGGGAGGCCUUUUUGUUAUUGCUCCACAACCGAGUGGUAGUCGAGGUCACGGAUGGACGGAUAAGGCGUCGCAGAAGUGAUGCGUAAAAGGUGUGCACCGUAUCUGGCACCUGUAUGUGUGUAUAAAAGAAAGCCAAAGAAAAUGGAAAACUAUAAAGAUUAACACUUACUUUCCACCUGUAGUUUGAAGAAGACACGCUGCAGUUUGUUGGUCAAUCUUUACAAAAGUGGAGAAUAGUUGAGUAAAAUUCUGAGAAGUCUAGGACUGGUGAAGUAGGUUGUCACAGCGAAGUCUGGAAAGCUUUUAGAAAAUCAUAAUUUGGCACAAUAGCUGUAUAACAGUAUAUUAAAAUUGCCAGUUUUGGCCAGUCAUCAUACCACUGUCAAGUAUAAAAAAUGUCACACUAAUUGCUGGAUAUGUGUCCAAUCAUGAUCAUUUGAAUCUUUAUCAACAUUAUACAUUAACUGCUUCUGAAUUAUAAAAUGCACAAAUGUAUCUGAUUUAUACAUCAGAAGAAAGCAGUCUAUAAUUUUAGUGUAGUUAAUUUGUUAGGCUUAUUAACAUAUUUCCUAAGGAAGGAAGUGAUUACAUUCCAACAUUCUAUUAUUUUGAUGCAGUUAAAGUGUAAUGUUGACCUAGAAACAAAUGAGGAUGAUUGGAUGUAUGUUCUCCAAAUAAUGUCUUUUUCAUACUUGAAGAUGGUCUAUUGUAUGACCAAAAGUGGUAGUUUUACUAAAUUGAUAUACAGCAAUUGUGCCAUGAUUUUUUAAAUGUAUUUAACAGUUUUAUAUCACCAACUCUUUAAAAUAGUUGUCAAGGUCUUGCAGUAUUGUGAACAUAAGCAAUAUCUAUGUAAACUGAAACAAGAGGGAAAGUGACUUUUCAGAACAUUAAUUUGACAGUACAUUUUAUGUACAGUGAAUGUUUGGCACAUUUUGCCCAUUUGGAAAAUUCAGCAUCUCCAUGCUGCUUUCUAAAUGCAUCCUUCAUAGGGACAGGUAUAAACAAUGUCUUUCGCAGGUACUGAAUAUGACAAAAAACUUAAGGAGUAUGUAAUCAAAUACCAGAUCAGAAGUUUGUAUCAACAAGUUACAACUCUCCCUGUGGAAUAUUGUUCCAGUGCUACAUACAUGGCCAAAUAUUACUCAUAUCUGGUGCAUCUCUACACACAUUUACCAUAAAUUUGUGACAUUACUAGCUAUUAUGUUGGCUGUAGUUGGACAUGAAAUACUGUCCCAACAACUUAUCAAUGUCAACUGUUUGCUGGAGACAUCUGUGAACUAAAGAAACAGACUGCCACAGAAUAUGUGAGAAGGUCUAAGAAAAUGUGCCAAAUUCAGUCUUAUGAUGAUUCUUUUAUUAUUCUGAGAGAGAAACAGGAUAGGACUACUUUUUGACUGCCCUUAAGAAAAUUUACCAGUUAUGCAAAAAGCUCAGAUGUAUUGUGAGACUGUUCUAUGGCAUUAUGGAUUAUGUCGGGCACUGAAGACAGUACUCCAUGAUAUUUUUAGUUUCAUCUGUAGAUACAUACAGAGUAGCACCUGAAAAGUUUAGUAUCGUCACACUACUGUGUGUGCUGUUCAUAGGUUCCAUUUUCAUACUAUGUUAUCUUUUAAACAACUAUGUUAAAGCCAUCUUUAGCCAUCUUUGCACACAAAACACAGGCUCUCAAACAACUGUAUGCAUGAACAAUUCACUAUUCCACCAAUAUUUUUACCAACAGAUAUUUACAUAUAGCCCCUACCACACUGCUAUUAUGAAAUGCAUACAGCAUGUUACUUCUUCAUUACAAUUGCUAAUACAAUUUUCUACCUCAGUCAAGGUUAUUUACACAAUGUUAAGACAUUUACCAUGGAUGGUUAUCAAUUCAAAUAAUACUACAGUACUUAUGAAUCAAAGAACUCUAGGUACAUGAAAAUUUUCAAAAAUGUUAGAACAUAACGACCACGCCAAACACCACAUUUCCAAACACAGUUAUUUAUAGAUGCUUAUUUACAGGAAACAGCAAAUUUUAAAGGUUAAAAAUUACCAUUAUUACUUCAUAAUUCAAUUCAGACCAAUUCCUAAAUUCCUUUCAACUGGCAUUUGUAAACAUAGAAAUUACAGGCAAUCUCAAAAACACCUACCUCCAAAAUAAUGUACACAGAUGUUUUUUGUUAAAUUUAACUCUUCUUGUUAAAAAUGUUUGCUGCUUUUCUCAAGAGCAAAUGCCUAAAAAUAAAUAUUUAGACAACUACGGUCUCAAAUAACGCAUUCUAAAAAUGCAUAUAUAUAUAUAUAUAUGCAAGAUUUUAAGGAAGUAUACCAUCAUUCCAGAAGUUAAGACUGGAGUACCUGAUUAGCCAUGUUAAUGCUGUAGAGACUAUUUAUGUAAAACAUUCAGGAAAUUAAUGUUGCAGUGUGCUAAUGAAUUUAAAUUAUAGAUGCAUUCAUGGAAAAGUCUUCAUGUGUUGUAACCAUGUAAUAUUAAAUGUUUAACAGAAGCACCAGCUAAUCUCACCUCAUGGUAAUACUGCCAAACAUUUAUUUAUUUGAACAUUAUUUAUGCUUGUAAAUAAUUAUCUUAGUAGUACAAUGUGUAUGUUGUACAUUUAUUUUAUUUUUGAAAGCCCUUGUGUGUUUUUUAAAGCCUAUGAGAAUCUAACUGAAAAAAGUACAAGGAUAUACUAUAUUUCAAAAGGAAAUGACAUUUUUGUAAUUACAGUUAUCUCUUGC